ACUUCACCUUGUCAUCCUUCUUUUUUCUUAGUUUCCCUUCUUUUCCCUCUGCAACCUCACUCCACAUUCUCUUCUCACAAAAAUGUCAAAACUACUUCUCUUCCACUCUCCACACUUCACUCCAGUGUAUCGCCGUACCAUAGCUUCACUCCUCUCUAGACCUAAUAAUCUCUUUCAAUCCGCCGCUUAUCACCGCCAUUUUCUCUCCAGCUCCCACUCUCACUUCCGUUCCUUUCUUUCUUCACCACUUCUUUGUAGAAACCUAUCCGCUCGAGCUUUCGAUUCUUCUUCUACAGAAGAUAAACAAGUAGAAGAUAAACAAGCAGAGAAGAAAGAUGAAGUCGAAAGCAAUAAGAAAAUUGAGGAUUUUCCGACUGGUGAUUUCGAAUUCAAAGAAAUCGGAGCUUGGAAUCGUUUUCUCGUUAAGAUUAAAAUGCUUUUUGCUUUCCCUUGGGAACGCGUUCGUAAAGGCAGUGUUCUCACCAUGAAAUUGCGUGGCCAGAUAUCUGAUCAGAUAAAGAGCCGUUUCUCUUCAGGAUUAUCUUUGCCUCAAAUUUGUGAAAAUUUUAUUAAAGCAGCUUAUGAUCCUCGUAUUUCUGGUAUUUAUCUUCAUAUUGAACCUCUGAAUUGUGGUUGGGCUAAAGUUGAAGAGAUUCACAGACACAUUUUGAAUUACAAGAAAUCAGGUAAAUUUAUUAUUUGCUAUGUUCCUGUUUGUAGAGAGAAAGAGUAUUAUCUUGCUUGCGCCUGCGAUGACAUUUAUGUCCCUCCAAGUGCUUAUUUUUCUUUGUAUGGUUUGACUGUUCAGGCAUCAUUUCUUGGAGGAGUUCUUGAGAAAGUAGGAAUUCAACCAGAAGUGCAAAGGAUUGGUAAAUAUAAAAGUGCUGGGGAUCAACUUACGCGCAAAACUAUGUCUGAAGAAAAUUGUGAGAUGCUUACCACAUUGCUUGAUAACAUCUACGGGAAUUGGCUGGAUAACAUUUCAUCUAUAAAAGGAAAAGAAAGAGAAGAAAUUGAAAACUUCAUCAAUGAAGGAGUCUACGAAGUAGAAAGGCUGAAAAAGGAAGGCUUUAUAACAAAUAUUCAGUAUGAUGAUGAGGUUAUCUCAAUGUUGAAAGAGAAACUGGGAGUUCAAAAGGAUAAAAGUCUUCCUAUGGUUGACUAUGGGAAAUAUUCGCGAGUUAGAAAUUGGACACUUGGUUUAACCGGUGGUGGAGACCAAAUAGCCGUGAUUAGAGCCUCUGGGAGCAUUAGUCGUGUGAGGAGUCCAACAAGUUUACCUGGAUCUGGAAUUGUUGGAGAGCAAUUUAUUGAGAAGAUUCGUCAAGUAAGAGAUUCAAAAAGAUAUAAAGCUGCUAUUAUUCGGAUUGACAGCCCUGGAGGUGACGCCCUUGCUUCUGAUUUAAUGUGGAGAGAAAUCAGACUUCUAGCUGAAACCAAACCUGUGAUUGCAUCAAUGUCUGAUGUGGCAGCAAGUGGAGGGUACUAUAUGGCAAUGGCAGCAGGGGCUAUUGUUGCAGAAAACUUAACCUUAACUGGUUCUAUUGGAGUUGUCACAGGGAAGUUCAACUUGGGAAAGUUAUAUGAAAAGAUUGGCUUCAACAAGGAGAUCAUAUCAAGGGGUAAAUAUGCUGAGCUCCUUGCAGCUGAACAGCGACCUCUGAGACCAGAUGAAGCUGAACUUUUUGCUAGGUCUGCUCAGAAUGCAUAUCAACAAUUUCGAGAUAAGGCAGCAUUUUCAAGAUCAAUGCCUGUCAAUAAGAUGGAAGAGGUUGCACAGGGCAGAGUCUGGACUGGUAAAGAUGCAGCUUCACGAGGUUUAGUUGAUGCUAUUGGUGGGCUUUCUCGGGCAGUUGCCAUAGCAAAACAGAAGGCAUCAAUACCCCAGGAAAAGCAGGUAAUCCUUGUGGAGCUCUCAAGGCCUUCUCCAUCAUUGCCAGAGAUCUUAAGUGGCGUAGGCAGUUCGAUAGCUGGAGUAGACAGAACGUUGAAAGAAGUGUUACAAGAGUUGAGUGUUUCUGAUGGAAUUCAAGCCCGAAUGGAUGGGAUCAUGUUCCAAAAUUUGGAGGGAGCUUCAUAUGCCAACCCUGUUUUAAAUUUGAUAAAAGAUUACCUCAGUUCCCUCUGACCUAAAUUCAUCACCGUUUUUCUUUGUUUUUCUUUUGUCUGGCAGCGAGCUGAUAAUUUUUAAUGAUUCUAAUAUCGUUUGUAUAGGAGGAUUCUUAGAUUUUCUUACGGGGAAUGUAGCCUACUUGGUAAAAAAAGACGGAUAGAGGUCUUCUCCAACUUCUGAUCCUUUCUAGAGAUACAAAAACAGAAAAUGAAAAUGAAAAUUAAUGAUGGCAUUCACGAUACAGAGAAUGAAAUUUGACGGCAUCCAUUCUCUGGUGUCGAUUAUCA